ACCGUCAAUACCUCGGGUUUUCGACUUGUUUAGGGCGAGUUUUUAUCUCGCCACGUGCCGACGCUCACCGGGCUGGCCAGAGGCUCCGUUUUGUCAUCGUGGUGUCCUCCCGGUUCUGCAGGUCAUCAGGCACAGGCGGUGCUGGCUGCGAUAGUGGCAGUCUCUUUUGUCCUCAAUCUCCGCACGAUCCCUCGUCUUCAAUCUCCGCAACGCUGAGUGGAGGCGGGAAACAAACCCCGCCCGCCUCCAGAACCAGGGAGAGAGAGAGAGAGAGAGAGAGAGAGAGAGAGAGAGAGAGAGAGAGAGAGAGAGAGAGAGAUCGGAUAUGGCGACGUUGGACGUGGACAGCGUUCUCGGGGAUGCUCCUCAUCCCAUCGCGAAGACGAAGAUUAUUUGCACGCUGGGACCGAAAUCGAGGGAUGUGCCGAUAAUGGAGAAGCUGCUGAAGGCGGGGAUGAACGUUGCUCGGUUUAAUUUUUCUCAUGGAUCGCACGAGUAUCACCAAGGCACGUUGGACAAUCUCCGCCAGGCGAUGAUUAAUACUCAGGUCCUCUGUGCUGUACUUCUCGAUACGAAGGGUCCUGAAAUCAGAACAGGCAAACUGAAAGAGGGAAAGCCAGUUCAGCUCACGCAAGGGAAGGAGAUCGUGAUCUCGACGGACUACAGUUUGGAGGGCGAUGGCGACACUAUCACCAUGAGUUACAAACGGCUGCCUGUGGACGUAAAGCCGGGGAACACUAUUCUCUGCGCGGACGGCACCAUCACUCUGACGGUACUGGAAUGCAGUCCCACACAGGGAACUGUGAGGUGCAGGUGUGAAAACAAUGCCAUGCUCGGCGAGCGAAAGAAUGUCAACCUCCCCGGAGUCAUCGUCGAGCUUCCCACCAUCACCGAAAAGGACAAGGAGGACAUCCUUGGUUGGGGUGUCCCGAAUUCGAUCGAUUUCAUUGCGGCAUCCUUCGUCCGCAAGGGGCAGGAUGUCGUCAACAUCAGAAGGAUCCUCGGACCUCAUGCAAAAACAACAAAAAUUAUCUCGAAGAUCGAGAACCAGGAGGGCCUUGUGAACUUCGAUGAAAUUCUGAGGGAGACGGAUGGAGUAAUGGUCGCCAGAGGGGACCUGGGAAUGGAGAUCCCCACUGAGAAGAUCUUCCUUGCGCAGAAGAUGAUGAUCAUGAAAUGCAACUCUGCUGGAAAGCCCGUCAUAACGGCGACGCAAAUGUUGGAGUCGAUGAUAAAGUCCCCUCGCCCUACUCGUGCAGAAGCCACCGAUGUGGCCAAUGCAGUUCUGGAUGGAACUGAUGCCGUUAUGCUGAGCGGCGAAACUGCCGCGGGAGCGUAUCCUGAGGAGGCGGUGAAAGUCAUGUCGCGAAUUUGCCGGGAGGCGGAAGCCUCUCUUGACUACCAUGCAAUCUUCAAGGCCAUCAUUAAGGAGACUCCCCUCCCAAUGAGCCCCCUGGAGAGUCUGGCCUCGUCUGCCGUGAGAACUGCCAACAAGGUGAGGGCCUCGCUCAUCGUUGUGCUGACGAGAGGAGGCAGUACUGCAAAGCUUGUGGCAAAGUACAGGCCGUCCAUCCCGAUUCUCUCAGUUGCUGUGCCUGUUCUGACCACGGACAAUCUGUCUUGGUCCAUCAGCGAGGAGGCUCCUGCGCGACAGAGCUUGAUCUGCCGAGGUCUCAUUCCGCUUCUCGCAGAGGGAGCAGCAAGAGCAACAGACACUGAUACAACGGACGAGAUCCUGAACGCAGCUCUGCAGUGGUCCAAGAACAGAGGGCUCAUCAAGCCAGGAGACUGCAUCGUGGCUCUCCACAGGAUUGGUGUCGCUGCAGUGAUCAAGAUUGUGGACAUCAAGUGAGCCGCAUCUCCAAUGAGUGCAGUGUGCCGCAUCUCCAACGAGUGCAGUCUCUCUCUCUCUCUCUCUCUCUCUCUCUCUCUCUCUCUCUCUCUCUCUCUCUCCAUGCCUGUCUGUCUGUGUGUCUGUCUCUCUAUCCUCUCAAUCACUCUGCAUAUCCAUCUAUCCAUCCACUCGCCCAUCCAUCCAUCCAUCCACCAUGCGUCCACCAUGCGUCCACCAUGCAUACAGCCAUCUACUCGUCUAUCUAUCUAUGUAUUAUCUAUCCAUGUAUUCGAUUGGCUGGGCUUGCGCUGGACAGUUCCAUCAGUAUUUUGUACAUCACCUUCGUCUCCAGUUCUUUGCAACAAAGGGAACCUCAUUGUUGGGGUUUUGCUGUUAUUCCGUCAUGUGGAAAUGAGACAACAAUCAUGGAUUCGAAAAUUCCUACCCUCACUUCGUAUUGCCGUCUUCAUAUUGUGAUUUUCUUCCCCUCUUGCGGUCAUGGCUCCUUAUUUUUCGGUUCAGAGUUUUCCCUUUAUGCUCGAAUGCAUAUCAGAUAACUUUCUUCAACCAGGCACCACUGCCUUUGCACGUCACCUUCCACUUCGUUGUUUCCCUCUUUUGUUUUCCAGUCUGGCACCCAAACUUCCUCUCUCUCUCCCAUUCAUAACAGCAUCCACCAUAUUCCUUUCCGACAAAGGCAGAGCUUGCGCCGACCCUUAAUAUCAUUGCCUCAAACCCACCGCUAACCCCGAUGGACUCCUAAGAUUGCCCGUGUCCCGUGUGUACAAGGAGGGAUUUGUGGUGCAGCCUGCCAGACGGCCCGCAGGGGAGACUUAGGGUGACUUCACGCGAAACAGUUCCUGCUGACCUGCGUUGUUGGAUGGUUUGCUGACAUCAAGAGUCGGGUGAGAAGCAAAUGUAUAGCCCCGCGGUCCAUGCCUGAGGUUCGGCGACCUCAGGGCCAGGGCCAGUGGAGCGACAGGUCCGGGUAAGGGUCAGCGACGGCGGUGAUUUAAGAGGAUGAUUCGUGGAAGAGUGAAGGACGUUCAUAUGUGGCCGGUUACCCCCAUUUAUUCUGUGUGAGAUGAUUACGUUUGGGAGUUUUUCCGUCAUUCCGUAUUUUCGUGCGAAGUGUGAGAGCUUCUUUGUGGGAGAGUUGAGGAUGUUCGUAGGUUGCCUGUUACGCCCCUGUUUGUUCUGCGUGAGCAUCUUUGGCAGGCUCUUACGUCUCCUUGGGCAGGUUGAUAUGAUUAUGGGUGGGAGUUUUUCCCGCAUUCUGUGCUUUUCGAGAAGUCGGAGCUGCUCUUCUGCAGGGUGUUCUCCAUGAAUGGACCCCACUUAGAUGCUGAAAGAUAGGACCGACUUUGGCAAGCAGAGUGGCAGGUACCUCCUACGGUUGCCCUCUCAAGAGUGGGUGUGCCAUGCAGCAUCGAAGGAUUUGAACCGGGCUCGGGAAUUAAUAAUCGUAGUGAAGCUUGUUGAUGAUAAAGCUGAGUGCACUUGCAUUGCAGAGUUGAUAUGAUUAUGAGUGGGAGUUUUUCCCUCAUUCUGUGCUUUUCGAGAAGUCGGAGCUGCUCUUCUGCAGGGUGUUCUCCCUGGAUGGACCCCACUUAGAUGCUGAAAGAUAGGACUGACUUUGGCAAGCUGAGUGGCAGGCACCUCCUAUGGUGGCCCUCUCAAGAGUGGGUGCCACGCAGCAUCGAAGGAUUUGAAUCGGGCUUGGGAAUUAAUAAUUGUAGUGAAGCUUGUUGAUCAUAAAACUAAGUGCACUUGCAUUGCAGAGUACCUGUCUCUACUUGUCUCACUGGUGCGUGACUGAGUUAUUAUGCAUACUCUUCCACUAUGGUGGAAAUGGAAGAGUUCAGUGUUGGAACUGAAUAUAGGAUUGGUUAGCGCAUCAGGAGUGAGAAUUGUUGUUUAGUGUUCCGGAUAACGCAGAGAAAGCGCAUAAUUAGUUUGCAGGAAGGGUCGAGUUCUUUUGUUUUUUUUGUGUUUUUUGUCACAAGUGGUUGCCAGCCGCAGCUUUGGUUGUGGCACAACAGAAAUGUGCCGGGGCAUUUCUCUUCGCAGUGUGACUUCUUGGUGCUGUUUGGGUUUGUUGUGGUGUUAUGUCCAUGGUGCGUCGAACCAUUUGUGUCAGUUGUGUUGUGUAGAUUGGUGCAAUAAUUUGGGGCUGGGCGGCCAGAACCACUAUGCGCGUGAAACGUACACACAUACAAACAAUACACAGUUCCCAAGGGCAUUGAAAAAAUAAGUGGACGUGGCUCGGCUAUGCCCGGGACACGGAGGGAGAGGAUGCAAAGGAGGGCAGAUGUGGGGAGAGGCAGAGAGUGUCGAGGAUGGGGUGAUGAGGUAACAGAGGGGAAGGCAACAAAGGUGUUGGAAAUGG